AUGGGGAAUUGGAUGUGGAAAACGAUCCUGAAAUGGCAGACUAUUUGGCUGGUUCAUUUCUUUCUCCUGUGGAGUACAAUAGAGGCACAGAUUCGCUACACAAUUCCAGAGGAGCUAAACCAGGGUUCUAUUGUUGGAAAUAUUGCGAAGGACCUGGGUUUGGGCGUUUCUGAGAUUUCUGAGCGAAAACUGCGGAUUGCAUCAGAGGGUAAGCAAUAUUUCAGUGUGGAUUUGAUAAAGGGAGAUCUAAUCGUGAACGAGAGAAUCGACAGAGAGACUCUGUGCGGACAAAGCGCCAGCUGUGUGUUACCAUUGGAGGUUAUCAUCGAAAAUCCGUUGCAAUUGUUCCGCGUUGAAAUUGAUAUACAAGAUAUCAACGAUAAUUACCCUAAUUUCCAAACAAAGGAAAAUAUUCUGAACAUAGCAGAGUCUACUGUAACUGGAGCGCGUUUCCUGCUUGAAACGGCUCAAGACCUUGAUGUUGGAUCAAAUUCCCUACGUUCCUAUGUUUUGAAUAAAAAUGAACAUUUUAGUUUAAAUGUUGUCACUGAUAAGGAUGGAAUGAAAGUUCCGGAGCUUGUCCUAGAAAAGCCCCUGGAUAGAGAAAAGGUGCCCACCCACAAACUGAUACUGACAGCUGUAGACGGAGGGAUCUCGGCAAAGUCGGGCUCUGCCGAAAUAACUGUUAAUGUUUUAGACAACAAUGACAAUGCGCCACAAUUUGAAAAUCCUGUGUAUGAAAUUCCGGUAGAGGAAAAUACUCUGGCGGAAACUGUGAUUGGAUCAGUUAAAGCUAAAGAUUUAGAUGAAGGUUUAAAUGCUGACAUCGUGUAUUCAUUUGGCUCCCGAACACCCGAUACAAUCCUGAAAACAUUUACUAUAAAUGCAAUAACUGGUGAAAUAACACUGAACAGCGUUUUAGACCAUGAAGAAUCCAGUUCAUUCAAAUUUGACGUUCGCGCCUCAGACAAAGGCACGCCGUCCAUGGAGACCCACUGCGCUGUCCGAGUGCAGGUUCUGGAUAUUAACGAUAAUUCCCCGGAAAUACUUUUGAAGUCAGUGCCAAGUCCAGUAAGAGAGGACGCCCCUAUAGGGACCGUCGUCGCUUUGAUAAGCACGAAGGACUUAGAUUCUGGCGACAAUGGCAAAGUACAUUUAAACAUGAUGUCAAAGUAUCCAUUCACUUUGAAACCGACGUUUUUAAACAACUACGCUCUGGUUACCGAAUUCAAUUUAGAUCGAGAACAUUUUCCAGCAUAUAAUGUCGAGAUCUCUGCAACAGAUUCUGGAUCUCCUCCGCUAGUUUCAAAAAAGAAAAUAACGGUCAACAUCCUGGAUGUUAAUGAUAAUCCUCCGGUUUUCUCCCAACCGUCUUACACAGUGUAUGUAAAAGAGAACGGUGCUCCGGGGACAAUAUUGUGCUCAGUGUCCGCAUCUGAUCCAGACCUGGGUGAAAAUGCCAAGAUUUCAUAUUCUAUCUUAGACUCUAAAGUCCAAGACGUGUCAGUCUCCUCGUAUAUUUACAUUAACUCAGAUAACGGCAGCAUCUACAGCAUGCACUCGUUUGACUAUGAGAAACUGAAGGUGUUCCAGGUCCAGGUGCAGGCAAAGGACCAGGGCUCUCCGUCUCUCAGCAGUAACGCUACUGUUCAUGUUUUUAUCUUGGAUCAGAACGACAACACCCCCACUGUAAUUUACCCCUCUGUUAUCAUGGGCUCCGUCUCUCACCAGAAACUGCCCCGCUCUGCUAAAGCGGGACACCUCGUUACCAAGGUAACAGCAGUGGACGCUGACUCGGGGCACAACGCCUGGAUUUCCUAUAGAGUGGUGGAGGCUACAGACGCGUCUCUGUUUGGUGUGAAUCUUUAUACCGGGGAGGUGAGGACUAAACGCGCUGUUUCAGAGCAGGAUGACGCCUCUCAGAGGCUGCUUAUAGAGAUCAAGGACAACGGGGAGCCCGUCCAGUCCACCACAGUCACAGUCGGCAUAUUGUUAGAGGACGGGGUUCACGAGCCCAUUUCGGACUUGCGGCAGAAAACGCAAGAACCCAGCAAGAAAAACAAUAAGAUCACCUUUUAUUUGAUCAUCUCUCUGGCGUCGAUUUCCGCCGUGUCUUUUGUGACUUUUGUGAUAUUGACAGUGAAGUGCGUUAGAAACAGCCGAAGGGGGGCGUGUUGCUGUAUCAGCCGGUCUGAAUCUGACGGAUACAAGAAUCCCAACAGAAAUCUGCAGAUCCAGCUGAACACUGACGGACCUAUUAAGUAUGUGGAGGUUCUGGGCGGGGACAUGAUGUCUCAGAGCCAGUCCUUCAGGUCGUGCCUCUCUCCGGUGUCAGAGUUCAGUGAUUUCACCUUCGUUAAGCCCAGCAGCACCUCUGACUUUAAGGAUAUGAUCAGUGUCCUCGACGCGUCUUUACCUGACAGCGCGUGGACGUUUGAGAGUCAACAGGUGAGCUUUUGA